AAAGGGGGACGGCGGCCACUGACGUCAGGGAGAGCGCGCCGGGCCGCUUCCAAGAUGGCGGAGGCGGCCGGGAAGGUGAAGCAGGACAUGCCGCCCCCCGGCGGCUACGGCCCCAUCGACUACAAGCGGCACCUGCCCCGGCGGGGGCUCUCGGGCUACAGCUUGUUUGCCAUUGGAAUUGGGAUUAUGUUCUACGGCUAUUACUCCAUUGCGAAGUGGAACCGGGAAAGGCGGCGCUUGAACAUUGAAGAUCUGGAAGCGCGGGUGGCACUCCUUCCUCUUCUGAUGGCUGAAGAUGACCGCAGGACCCUGCGCAUCUUGCGGCAGAAUUUGGAGGAGGAGGCCAAGAUAAUGAAGGAUGUUCCUGGCUGGCAGGUCGGCGAGUCGCGAUUCCACACUACGCGCUGGGUGUCUCCGACACUCGAUGAGCUGUUUUACCUGCACCCGCAGAGUGUUCUCGAGCGCGCUAAGUUUGGGAACCAGAUGUACGUAUGACUGCCAGCCGUGUAUUCAGCACCCCCUGCAUCUCGAAGAUGGGACAGAUUUCUUAAUAAAGAAAAUCCCUCUGAAGCACUCA